UUACAGUAUUAAUUUAGCGUCACCUGACAAUCUGAGUGAAGAGCUACGUUGCCGUUAACUGCAGGUUCGUGGCCAUGUCUCUCUGCGACGACAUACUACUAUGUAACUUCCCAAAGUGCCGGACUAAGCUGAGCGGCUUCGCCUGGGUCACAGCUUGCUCACAUGUUUUCUGUGAUCAACAUGGGUCCGGUGAGUUCAGCCGCUCUCCUGCCAUCUGCCCGGCCUGCUCUUCUGCGUUGUCUGGGAAGCUGGACAUUGUGAGGACGGAGCUGUCGCCCUCUGAGGAAUACAAAGCCAUGGUGCUGGCAGGCCUGCGACCAGACGUUGUUCUUGACAUCAGUGCUCGUGCUCUGGCCUUCUGGAGCUAUCAGGUCCAUCAGGAGCAUAUGUAUCAAGAGUACAGUCUGUCACGUGCCGAGGCACAGCUGAAGCAGAUGGACAAGGUGUUGAACCAGCAGAACCAGAGCAGAGAACUGGAGCUCGGGGGCAUGAGGGGGGAGAUCACCUCCUGAAGAAAGUAA